AUGGCAGACAUUGAAGCAAUGUUCCAUCAGGUCUUAGUACCACAGGAACACCGAGACGUUCUUCGGUUCCUGUGGUGGCCGAGCGGAAAAAUGUCUGAACCUCCUGAGACAUACCGAAUGAAGGUACACCUGUUUGGAGGCGUCUGGAGCCCAUCAUGUGCAGCAUAUGCCUUACAGCGAACAUUUCAAGAUCAUGGACAAGACCUCCAUGAGGACAUCAAAGGGGCCAAUCGGAACUUCUACGUGGACGAUCUCUUAUAUUCAGUGAACUCUACGAGCAAGGCGACAAUCGUCAUACAUCGCCUGAGGAAUUUAUUGCAUAAGGGGGGCUUCAGACUCACAAAGUGGGCCUGCAAUUACAGCAAAGUGCUGCAAUCCAUACUGCCGACAGAGAGAGCAGUAACAAUGAAAGAGAUCCCUCUGACUAACAAACUUCCAACCGAAAGAGCAUUGGGUAUCUUGUGGGACUUGGAGAGGGAUCAACUUGCAGUACAGGUUCACGUACCAACCAGACCGGAGACAAAACGUGGCCUCCCCAGUAUGAUUAGUUCCCCUUAUGAUCCACUUGGCAUCCUUGCUCCAUGUGUCAUCCAAGCCAAAAUGAUCUUUCAAGAAGAAUGCAGACAUAGAACAGGGUGGGAUGAGCCCCUUGCUGACAAGUCGAAGGAUGCGUGGAGAAGCAAGGCCAAGCUGGCCCCACUGAAACAACUAACCAUACUGAGGCUAGAACUGUGUGCAGCUGUAUUAGCUAUAAAGGCAAAUGAGCGAUUACGGAGAGAACUCGACCUGCCUAUCUCGCGGUCAGCGUUCUGGACGGACAGUACCACUGUCUUAAGAUACAUAAGGAACACUGAAAGGCGCUUCCACACCUUCGUGGCCAAUCGCAUAGCUGUCAUACAUGAAGAGUCUGAUCCAGAGCAAUGGAGGUACGUGAGUUUAGGACUCAAACCCGCAGAUGACGCCAGCCGGGGUUUGCGUGGCAACGAGCUUGAAGGGUGUGGUAGGUGGACCCAAGGACCACCCUUCCUGUCGCAUGACGAAACCCAGUGGCCGAGGGAAGGCAUGACAAUGGAAGCGAUUCUAGGUGACGACCCAGAAGUAAAAAAGGAAACUGGAGCGCUGAUGGCAUCUGCUUCCCAGAAGGAAGAAGCCCUAGACAAACUGUGGGGCAGAUACUCAUCGUGGUAUCGGCUCUUGAAAGGGGCUGCAUGGCUGAGAAGAUUCGUAGCAUGGCAGAGUGACAAAGUAGGUGAGUCAUACUGGAAGAAAUUUCUAUCUACAGAAGAGAUGGAAGCAACGAAAAGUGCUGUACUGAAGUGUGUGCAACGGAGAUACUUUCCUGAAGAACUGAAGGUGCUACGGCAAGGGCAACGACUGAGACACAGCCCGAUAAACCAGUUGGAGCCUUAUCUAGAUACAGAAGGCUUGAUCAGAGUAGGCGGCCAGUUGAGACGAGCUACUCUUCACCAAGAUCAACAGAAUCCCAUCCUCUUACCUAAGGAAGGCAAGAUCACAGAACUCAUUGUGAGGGAAACACAUGAGGCCAAGGCUCACCACCUGGGAAGGGAAUAUACACUUGCUAGAAUAUGCGAAUCCUACUGGAUCCUGAACUGUCGUAAAGUGCUGGACCAAAUACUAUGCACUUGUGUGAUCUGCCGGCGGUACAACUGGAAGCCUAACAAGGGACGACAGGCCGACUUGCCAGAAGUUCAAGUGAGAUCAGGCGCACUGGCAUUCACAUACACCGGAAUUGAUUGCUUCGGCCCAUUUAUGGUGAAGCAAGGGAGGGCCCAAGUAAAACGAUGGGCCUGCAUCUUCGUCUGUCUGACUAUUAGGGCCGUACACAUGGAAGUCCUUGCGACACUAAGUGCUGACUCCUUCAUUGAAGCACUCAUGAGAUUCACAGCUCGGAGAAGGCUACCGAAACACAUCCGCUCAGACAAUGGUACCAACAUGAUUGGAGCAUGCCGAGAACUACGUGAUGCAGUCACUAGUUGGGGCAAAGAUGGUAAAAUCAGAGAAGCACUCUUAGUCAACCAAGUAGAGUGA